AGACUGUUAGAGCAGAAUGAUGGUGGUAGAAGUGAAGGUGGCUGAGCACCUUGAUCCUGUCAUCAGAGCUCUGUGGAAGACUAGGGGGCCUGGGACCGAGAGCUCCAGUCAGAGGGAAGACUCAUCUCCACAGAAACACAGUCUCAGGCCUGAGAGUUCUUGCUGGCACUUCCGGAACUUCCACUAUCAGGAAGCAGCUGGACCCCGUGAGGCCGUCAGCAGACUUCAGGAAUUAUGCCGUCUGUGGCUCAGGCCAGAGGUCCACUCCAAGGAGCAGAUCUUGGAACUGCUGGUGUUAGAGCAGCUGUUGACCAUCCUACCCAGAGAGAUGCAGACCCAGAUGCAGAAGCACCACCUGCAAGGCCUCGAGGAGGCUGUGGUCCUGCUGGAACACUUGCAGAGAGAGGCUGGAAAGGCGAGGAGCACGGCUGCAGUCGGUGAGCUGGGAGAGGCGGCAGCACCCUUGGGAGAAACAGCUGAAGUCUCAGCCUUGCAGUCAGAGGUAUCCGAGACUCAACCUGUGAGCAAGUCCCUGGAUGGAGAAACUUGGAAUCCAUACCAGCGUCAACAAGAACAGCUGUGCAGGAUUGCUGAGAAAGAAACUGAACCUGUUUUUGAGAGAGCUGUGCCUGCUCAACAGAUUCUAGUCUUUCCUGAGCAGACAAACACCAAACACUGGACAGUGGCGCCCAAGCACAUCUUGCCAGAGUCCCAGAGCUUCAGUUUUGAAGAAGUAGCCGUGUAUUUUUCCCAGGAAGAAUGGGAGUUAUUGGAACCCACUCAGAAGGCCCUUUACGUUGAUGUAAUGCAGGAGAACUAUGAGGCUGUCAUCUCUGUAGCCUUAUUUGUGCUUCCUAAACCGAAAGUGAUCUCUUGUUUAGAGCAUGGGGAAGAGCCCUGGGUUCAAGGAGCCCUGGAGUUCCAGCGAAGUCUUGGGGAGUCUCCUACAGAUAAAGACCUCAUGAGGAGAGGAGGAUUGAAACUCAGAAAUGACACUGAGAAUUGUCAGCCUCCAGGUCUUUCAGACUUAGAAAUACCAUCUCCAGGAAACAUGGCAUCCACAAAGGCCAGAGAGAAAGUUGUCCAGAAAAUAACAGGCAAAGAAAAUCAUGGUGAUGCACAGAGCGUGGGGAAGUGUCAGCGAGAAUUUCCAGUGAAGAAGAGAAAGAAACGCUCCACCUGGAAACAAGAACUACUGAAGCUUAUGGAUCUUCACAAGAAAAACCGUGCUGGAGAGAAGCCUUUUAAAUGCCAGGAAUGUGGGAAAAGCUUCAAAGUUAGCUCUGAUCUUAUUAAGCACCAAAGGAUCCACACUGAGGAAAAGCCUUACAAAUGUCAGCAGUGUGAAAAGAGGUUUAGAUGGAGUUCUGAUCUUAAUAAGCACUUAACAACACACCAAGGAAUAAAACCAUAUAAGUGCUCAUGGUGUGGGAAAAGCUUCAGUCAAAAUACAAAUCUACACACACACCAACGAACUCAUACUGGAGAGAAGCCCUUUACUUGUCAUGAAUGUGGAAAAAAAUUUAGUCAAAAUUCCCACCUCAUUAAGCACCGGAGAACCCACACAGGUGAGCAGCCUUAUUCCUGUAGCGUGUGCAAGAGGAACUUCAGCAGGCGGUCAAGCCUUCUUAGACACCAGAAGCUCCACCAAUAAAGGGAGGCUUGUCCUGUGUCCUCAAUGUAAAGAAAUUCACCAAAUGGAGACCCUAAUGCGUGUGUGUGUGU